AGCAACAUUGUGGCGGUCUUUAAAUUUUUUGCGAGAAGAAAAUCUCGUUGUCUUGUGCGAUUUUAUAGCGAUUUUCCUUUAAAAACCACUGAUAUUGUGAUAUUUUAGUGUUAAAUCUCGUAGGUUUAUGAUUAACUAGCAAAACUAAUAGUAAAUAAGCAAAUAACAAUCCCAUAAUUCCAUUCAGCGUCUAUAGUUUGUGACAGAUCGAUUCGGCAUUAGGAAGUUGCAGGUUAUACGGAAUUAAAUAUAUAUUUUUGGGCUAUUUUUAUUACCUAUUGAUUUGAAAUGGAAAGUAUGGAUGUUGCACAAGAAAGUACCUCUGCUGCAUCGACGCCAGCUACGGAAAAUGGGCCCGACAAAAACGUCACUGCAGAGGAGAUGACGUCGCGGGACUAUUACUUCGACUCUUACGCGCACUUUGGAAUCCAUGAGGAGAUGUUGAAGGAUGAAGUACGUACCCUGACGUACAGGAAUGCCAUGUACCAUAACAAGCAUUUGUUUAAGGGCAAGACGGUACUAGACAUCGGUUGCGGAACCGGCAUCCUAUCGAUGUUCGCGGCCAAGGCUGGUGCCGCUAAGGUGAUAGCCGUGGAGUGUUCCAACAUCGUGGACUACGCACGCAAGAUCAUCGAGGCCAACCGUCUCAGUGAAGUCAUAGAAAUUGUCAAAGGAAAGGUAGAAGAAGUGGAGCUGCCGGUGGAGAAAGUGGACAUCAUAAUAUCGGAGUGGAUGGGCUACUGCCUGUUCUACGAGAGCAUGCUUGACACGGUGCUUUACGCUCGGGACAAGUGGCUGAAGCCCGACGGCAUGCUGUUCCCAGACAGAUGCACACUCUUCAUCUGCGGCAUCGAGGACAGGCAGUACAAGGACGAGAAGAUCAAUUGGUGGGACGAUGUGUACGGUUUCGACAUGUCCUCCAUCAGAAAGGUGGCCAUCUCCGAGCCGCUCGUGGACGUUGUUGAUGCCAAACAGGUGGUGACCAACUCAUGUUUAUUGAAGGAAAUAGACUUGUACACCGUUAAGAAAGAAGAUCUGAACUUUGAAUCAAAGUUCCAUCUCCAGGUCCGCCGCAACGAUUUCAUCCAAGCGCUGGUGACGUUCUUCAACGUUGAAUUCACGAAGUCACACAAGCGUCUCGGCUUCAGCACAGCGCCUGAGGCUCCAUACACUCAUUGGAAGCAGACGGUCUUCUAUUUUGAUGAGUACAUGACUGUGAAGAAGGGUGAAGAGAUUACCGGCAUAUUCUCAAUGCGCCAGAACGCUCGCAACAAUCGCGACCUCGACUUCGAAAUCGAGUUGGACUUCAAAGGGGAACUUUGCCAGGUGCAAGAGAAAAACCACUACAGGAUGCGCUGAAGAAGACCGCCACCGCACAACCACCGCGUUCUGCAUCUACAGGGUGUUCUAAACCUGCAGGACGAUCUACAAGAUGUAAGUUUACAGGAUGAGUUUCGUUACGCCGUUGCCGAGUAUUGCCUUCUAACGUCUAUUUAUGGGGAAUGCUUCCUGGUGGGAGAUCAGUCUAUAUAUGAAAUGCUCUGCUAUGAUUGUCGUUGAUUUUCGUUGUUCAGAUAUAUGCCAAAAGCCCUAACUUAUAUAAAGCUAACUAAAAGCAAACAGCAUUGUAGUGAGGGUAGUUUGAAAAUGUUUUGCAUUAUUAUCGUUUCUGAUGUCUAAUAAUGGUAAGGGUUUUUGGUAGUUGAUAAUAAAAAAAAUUAAUAAUAUCAAUCUGUGGAACAGUGCAUUUCAAAGGCCAUCUUUUUGAAGCAUUUUUUAUAAUAAACGUUACAUUUCAAUGUAUCAAACACCAUAUGUUUUCAACGUGAACUGCCAGUUUAAAAUAGAAAUAAACAAAUAGGGAGUAAAUCUGUGAUAAAAUAUACAUUAAAUUUGUUUCCCUUAUGUUAAACUCUAAUCGUAAAUGACUUCAAAAAUUCAGUCUUGAUCGUUUUUGUCACAAUAUAAAAUGGCGGAUGGAAAUUGAAGUAACAAAAUGGCGUAUGCUCACCCAUAUAUAUAUAUAUUUGUACUUACAUUAAAGCUCCCACUUAUGUUUACUAAACGUCUUAUAGUUUUCAUUUUGGUGGCAGCAGUGGGAUAACUCAUAAUUUUAACAGAUAGAAUGUGCCCAGUUAAGUUACAAACGAAAUAAAAACCUUUUCUCUUUAUAAUGUUAUUGUGUCAUUGAUGAAAUGUGUGCGGGCUAUGAAUGUAAAUAGUAUUAGCUUAGGUAUGGUUGUAAAAAGGGAUUCCUAUUAUGGGUGACAAUAAUAACAUCAUGCUUCAACACGUCAUUUUACACUUUCAAGACCUAAUUCGCUCUGACUCAAACCGAGAAGAACGCCAGAUUUAUUUUUUGUUUUGGCUUCUGAAAUAAAUUAAAAUUAAAGAUCAUCUAAAAGGUAGCUAAUUUUCGCAUAACUUAAUAUGGCAACAUCGAACUUAUCCUGUACUCGAGAGAAACUAUAACAUAAGGCUGGUUUCCUAGAAACGAAUUUGUUAACGAUGUAUGAACGUGGUCGUUGUGUUAUUUUUUUAAAAUUAGGUAUUAAGCUUAUUUUGUACGAGAAUUGGUAUUGAAAUAGUGAUUUUCUAAUUAAAAAGUUACAUUACUAUGAUGUAAUACAGUUUUAGUAUAUUAUUAGAAGCACAAAUGUGCUAAGAAUAAUAUCCAAUAAAUAUAGGUAGGUAGGAAACUCUGUCCGGUCCGCGCAUUUCAUGCUAAUGGUACCUCGCCAGAGGACAUUGUUACUUUUAGAAAUAAGUUGAGAAUCGAACCCAGAACGCCAAUGAGUUAAUAGAUAAUAAAUGAUAGGAUUAAAUAAAAAUUUUUUCUGCUUGCUCGGCGGCACGUUGUGACGCAGAGACUUUACUUGAAUUCGCUAAAUGUUUUAUUAUUAUAAAUAUUUUGGUGAUUUUUUUUUAACUAUGGUACAUAUACGCAAUUCUUAGGAUUGGACAGGGAUAUCUUUACUUAUUGAAUUUAUUGGUUGUGUGUCCGAUAGUGCAUUCAAAGCGGGGAGCUUCAAAUCAGCAUGUUAACGUUCCUUGUUCCUUUAUUUGCCUAAAAAAGGGACAAAAAAGAAAACGAAUAGCCAAUAGAUUUGUAUAAUAGUUUUAAUCUGUAUUAAUUUAAAAUGGCUAGGGUUGGACUUGAUUAUUAACUUUUAAUAACCAGGGGUUUACUCAAUACUUGUACAAAAUAAGCAAAAAUUGUAUGACAAUUUGUAUACUUUAAGAUUCUCAUGUUUGUAUUAAACCGCCUAAGGAUCUUAUUAUGAGGCGGCGCCAGUUUAGAACUAGUUCAUACUGUAUUCAAAUGUGAUUUUUGUGCUAUUGUAAUUAGGUUUAAGUUGCCGAUACAUUACGGGAUUUUGUUAAGCAUUGAUUAUUUCAGGGUACAUACAUACAUUAAAUUACGUGUGUAUCCAUAGCGGGGUAGACAGAGCCAACAGUCUUGAAAAGACUGAAUGGCCACGUUCAGCUAUUUGGCUUAAUGAUAGAAUUGAGAUUCAAAUAGUGACAGGUUGCUAACCCAUCGCCUAAAAAAGAAUCCCAAGUUUGUAAGCCUAUCCCUUAGUCGCCUUUUACGACAUCCAUGGGAAAGAGAUGGAGUGGUCCUAUUCUUUUUUUUUAUUGGCGUCGGGAACCACACUGCACCAAUACAAAAAUUAUAAUUUCAUUAUUAUACAUUUUAUGUCAUGUUACUAAAAUGCACACAGCUGGACAUGGCAAAUCUGUAAGGGAACCUUGUUGUAUUUGGAAUACUUAAUAAAAUUUAUACGUCUUUCGUAACACCGUAAUGUUAUUGGCUGCUUAAACAAUUUUGAUACAAUGUUCAAAUGCUGUUAUUAUUAGAUUAGUUCCCGUUGACACUGUAUCUUUUCUUAUUACAUUAUUAUUAUAUAGCUUAAUUAUAAACUAUUUUUCUGGAACUGAUUCGAGGCGGGCGUGAGAACUGUGUUUUUAGAUUUGAAGUCGCGACUACUGAUUGCCAAAGAUACCUGCACUAAUAAUACAUGGUAAAUUGACCAGUUUUUCAACAUUUUUAGGCUCGCGUCUUUCUUUAGAAAACGAAUUGAACUUUGAAGUAUAAUUUUUAAUGGUCCUUAAUCAGUAUUGUGUAGGUAUGAAUAUAUUUAUUUAUUUUGACCCCACAUUAAGUUCUCUGUCAGACCCAAUGGUUGACUGGUAGAUAAUGCUACUAGCCGCCAAUUGUGCUAUACAUUUGUAUUUUGUGCAAUAAAGUUUAAAUAAAUAAAUAAAUUCCAAUUUUCGUAAUUAAAUCUGCUAAAAAGCGAUAUCAUCGCUGUCUUUUGUUAAUCGUAUAAGAGAGACAAGAACGGAGUUGAUAAAAUGGCCGUCUUACAAAAUUUCCCGGAAAUGUUGGUAAUUUGUGUAAAAUAAUAAUGUAAUAGCGAGAUGAUAACAAUCCCGAAGGUGUCAAAAUGUAGGAUAUUUUCAAGCGUAUACGUCGAUUUAAACUCAAUUUGGAAGAUAUUAAAAAGCAAUGAUAUUAAAAUGUCACGUUUCGGGAAAUGAUUGGUUGGAGUAGAUUGAAAUAGAUGCAUUCUAAUUCAAACUGGCGAGACAUUUGAAUUAUUCAGUUAAAAUAGAGUUAUUUAAUUAUAUGUACAAAGCUUAUUAAGUGUGUUACAUAGUCCAUUUUUAUGUAUUUCCAAUUCAAAAAUAUCUUUCGAAUUGAGUUUUUGGACAACUUUCUCCAAUUUGAAUUUGCAAGAAAUUAAUUCUUAUGACUUAAGUAAUAGAAGUGAUUGUGCAUCCAAAGCCGGGAGUGGUGACUCCGCCGUAUUUUCUACUGAGCGAGAAGCGUGUAUGUUGUGUAAAUCCGAGCAACUCGUGGUGCAUAAACGAGUAAAGCUA